CUGUAGAAGCACCAUUAAAUAGGGACAUAGAAACGUGAAAAUAUGAUUAACCUUUAAUAUUUGUAUAAACAACAAAAAUUCUAAUAUUAAUUAACAACAAUAGGUUAUUAAAAAAAAACAACAACAAUAGGUUAAACGCGCGUAUUAUAAUUAAAGCACAACAACAUGACUUCAGAUACCGAAGGUUCUAGUUUAUUUACUGAAACAUCAAGAAUUAUUGGAUUAACUGAAUUAAAUGUAGACAGAGAUGUUGACGAAAAUAGAGAAAAAGCUGAUAAAUGGAACCUGCUGCUUAUUCUGUCUGGAGCAGUUUGUUGUUUGGGUUCAGCUGUACCUGCAGGAUUUAACAUAGGAGUAAUUAAUACACCUGAGAAUAUAAUAAAAGCUUACUGCAAUGAAAGUAUAAGACAACGAUAUGGAAAAGAAAUAUCAGAGGAUGGAUUGAAUAUUUUGUGGUCAGCGAUAGUGUCAAUUUUUCUAAUUGGCGGUGUCUCGGGAUCUUUAACGUCCAGCAUGCUUUCGAAUAAACUCGGAAGGAAAGGAACUCUCGUGAUAGGAAAUAUAUGUGGGAUAUUGGGAGCGAUUGUGUUCCUUCUAGCACCAAUGUUAAAUUCUGUUGAACUCCUGUUAAUCGGCCGUUUAUUAGUUGGUUUAUCUGGAGGGCUUGCCACAAGCUUAUUGCCGAUGUAUCUGAGUGAGUUGUCGCCUCUUAAAUUAAGAGGCACGCUUGGUGUAGUUUGUCAAUUAGGUAUCACCAUUGGAGUACUAUUGGGUCAAAUUGUCAGUUUGGAUACAGUUUUGGGCACUGAGAGUCUAUGGUCCUACAUGCUAGCUGCUUUUUCUCCAUUGUGUAUACUUUCAUUGUUAUUAACACCAAUUCUGCCUGAAAGUCCAAAGUAUUUGUAUGUGAUAAAAGAAUUGCACGAAAAAGCAAUUGAUGAAUUGAAACGUUUACGUAACAAGGAUGAAAAUUCUUUGCGUCACGAGAUAGCGACAUUGGAGCAAGAACGAGCAAUCAGAGCAGGCAUUAAUGAUUGGACAAUGAAUCGAGUUGUUAGCGAUCCAUGCUUGAGACUGCCACUUCUUUUAGUAAUAUUUUCCCAAUUUGGUCAACAAUUGAGUGGAAUAAAUGCCGUUUUUUAUUAUUCAAAUUCAAUAUUCACAACAGCAGGACUGGGGAAAUCAGUUUCUCAAUAUGCAACAAUUGGAACAGGAUUGGGAAACGUUUUCAUGGCUUUAAUUUCUGCAUCGUUAAUGUCUCGUAUUGGCAGACGACCUUUAUUCCUAAACAGCUGUUACUUGAGUGCAUGUUGCUUAUUAGUUCUUUGUUUGUCAAUUUUAUUCACGAACACUGUCAACUCAAUGGUAUGGUUAUCUGUGUUAGCCAUACAAGCUUAUGUGAUAUUCUACGGACUGGGACUCGGUCCAAUCCCGUAUUUCAUUGGAUCUGAACUGUUUGACGUUGGACCGAGACCAGUUGCGAUGGCGCUUGGAAGUGUCGCCAAUUGGGGUGGCAACUUUAUAGUUGGAAUGACUUUUCCCGUUUUACAAAGAUUAAUCGGUCCUUACACGUUUCUUAUAUUUAUUGCUUGUAUUUUGACUUUGUCUGUUUUUAUAAGACUGUAUUUACCUGAAACUCGAGGAAAAAGUACUGUCGAGAUUUCAUCCACCAUGACACUUGGAUUUAAAUCUCGAGUCAUCAACUGUAAUUCAUGAUAUUUGGAUAUUUCGCACAUAGAUAUAUUAAUUUAGUCGCCAACAUAGUUAAAAAGAAUUCUUUACGGAAAGGAAAAGGUCAAAGUUUUUAAUACUUUUUAUACUCCUGUACAUAAAUCGACAAUUUUAUAUAAAUUGAAAAGCACAAUAAAUAUUAAAUAUAUUCUAAAA